AUGGUUUCCCCUCAGAUUACCAACCUGGCCAUCAUCCUGGCGAUGAUGCAGCUAGCCAAGAAGGUUCCCUUCGAGGAUCCCCAGGUGCUGAUGCUCGUCCGCGGCAUGUACAUUCUGUCCAACGUGAUCAUUCUGGGCAUCUACCUCUACACUCAAGCGAAGAUCAAUGGCAAGAAAGACAUGACUACUCUCAAGUACGUUGAGCCUGCCACCAUGGGCAGCGGCGAGGAGGCCAAGCCCGUCACCACCACCAACAUGGACUACGACAAGGGUCAGCUCCGUCAGUUGAUGCGCAGCCAGCUGAUGGGCGUCGGCAUGAUGGGUGUGAUGCACCUGUACAUGAAGUACACCAACCCCCUCCUCAUCCAGUCGAUCAUCCCCCUGAAGGGCGCCUUCGAGUCCAACCUGGUCAAGAUCCACCUCUUCGGCAAGCCCGCGACUGGCGACCUUGCCCGUCCCUUCAAGAGCGGCGGCGGCUUCAUGUCCCAGGGUGCCCCCAAGAGCGACAAGGCCUCGAUCGAGGAAGCGGAGAAGAACUACCGCGGUGGUGUCAAGGAGGAGUAA